AUGCCCGCGAAAAAUGGCGUUUCGAAGCAGUACGAAGAUUACACAGUCGCGGUGAUCUGCGCCAUUGAUUUCGAGAUGAGCGCCGUUCGCUAUAUGCUUGACCGGGAACACAACCGUUUGCGCCCCCGAGGCGACUCGAACACUUAUGUCCUUGGCGAACUCAGCGGCCAUAACGUUGUUCUCGCGUGCCUUCCUGGCAAUCAAGGAAAAGGCGCUGCUGCCAUUGUUGCUACAAAUGUGUCUCGCUCGUUCCCUGCCAUCAAGUCACGAUUUCUUGUUGGCAUUGGAGGCGGAGUCCCUAGUGAGAAGCACAGCAUCCGCCUUGGCGAUGUCGUCGUUAGCAUGCCUGAUGGUGAACAUGGCGGUGUUGUGCAAUAUGACCUAGGUAAGGAUACCGUGAACGGCUUUUGGCGGAAGGGGUUCCUUUGCCCGCCGCCUGCAAGACUAAGGAGCGCUGUUGGGAUGAUGAAGUCGGACCAUUUAACGGCAGAUAACAAAAUCAACGACUUCCUCUCACAAAUGGUCGAAAGAUCCCAUCGCCUUCGUAGCUACGCACGCCCGUCGUCCGGGCUUGAUGUCCUCUACGAGCCGGAUUAUCCCCACGUUUCCGGUCAACCGACAUGUACGAUGUGCGAUCUCGCCAAGGUCAUCACGCGACAAGAUCGUCCGUCCAAUCUACCCGAAAUACACUAUGGAUUGAUUGCCUCGGGAGAUCGAGUCUUUAAGAGUGCUGCAAAAAGAGACCAGGCUGUGCGAGCCCUAGGCGACAUACUCUGCUUCGAGAUGGAAGCGGCGGGUAUUGCGACUGAGUUUUCGUGUAUCGUUAUUCGUGGCAUAUCUGAUUAUGCAGACUCACACAAGAACGACAGCUGGCAUCACUACGCUGCAGCCGCCGCCGCCGCCUGUGCAAAGGAGCUGCUCUCCUAUCUUGAGCCAGAGGACAUGAGGACUUCCUCUUCGUACACAGACUCGGGGUCGCCAUCGGGCGUCCUGCCAAAUACUGGAUCCAGGCCGUUGAUGGCGGCCGAAUAUCGCGCAAAGCUUGGUGAAUGGGCCGCCGAGGCCAUGGACUCACACGGCCGCUGGUUGCAGCCCAUCCUCGGCACCAAUGCUCUCGAGGAGCACCUCUUGCGCGAGGAAGGCCGCCCCAAGCCCUCAAGGCUGUGCGAGUCGAGCCUUGCAUGGGCGCAGCUGCUUUACGCGCUCAACGUUCGACCUGGCAUGGGAGUCUUGGCCUGGAAGCUUCCGCCUAAAGAAAUUGAUCCCAGUGUCGAGGCCGUAAGGCUCCAGGUCGACGGACCGGCCAUGUGCCACAUUGUGAACCUGUUCCGCAUCUAUAGGGAACCGUCGCCGAUGGACUUCUCUCCCGGCGGCAGCAUAGGAAGUCAGUAUCUGACAUGGGCCGAGACCACAUGCGACUUCCCCUUUGGGACUAUUCGCGUUGACUUGCAGGCAAUGCAUCCAGAGCUGCCAGACAAAGUCAAGACCGUCGCGUUCGAGCCCGGAUCGCUCCAGGACUUGGAGCAGCAGCGGCUUCCAUUCUCCCACAAGUCUUACCCUUGCGGCUAUUAUUUGCAGGAGACCCAUCUAAAGUUUAAAAGCAGCACCUUAAUGCCCAAGUACUUCGAUGCGGUGUAUAGCCAGGGUUUCGUUGCGGAUACGGCGAGCAUCGGCCCGUUGCCUGGGCCGGGCAGCCCGCUUCUUGAGCGGGCUCAGUACUAUCUACAGAGUACCAAACUGCUUCAACCACAUCUCAAGUGCUCGCCACAGUGUACUAAGGACUGCGUCGCCAUACUUGAUAGGCAUAAGUGCACGAGACGCUGCAAAGGAAGAUGUAGUCCUGAACAUACAAGGCUCUGGUCUCGGCCGCGUCUCGUGACGCAUGGGUGGCUCAGAGGCAUUGAGCGCAUUAAGCGGCGAGUGACAACCAACGGAGGUGACGAUGACGCAUUGCUAUCCUUCUUCAUAAGCUCGCUUGAGGAGCGGCCGCAGUUUGUCCAGGAUGUGAAACAGAUAUUUCACAAAUUUGGAAUGUUUAGUAACAACUGGAAAUCUGAAAUUCGAUGUGUCCUAGAGCAAAGGUUAAUGUUCACGAAUCAGCAAAUCGAAAUCAUCUGGGGUCUCGAAGUUCCAUCGCCGCAAAUGCUAAUGGAGGACCUCGACCUCAUAACAUGUGAGCAGCUACCUGGCAUGCUUGUAGAUCUAGCUGCCAAUCGUGACGGCGGAUGGCUUCAUCGACUAUCGAGCCUGACGGAUGAGCUGGACGCCAUGAUGAGGAAUAGUGAUACGUUUUCCGGUGUGCCUGUUAUUGUGCUAGAGCUAGGGCCAAGCCACACUUUCUGGAAAGAUACAUUUGAGAUCAAGGGAGAAUAA